UCUUUAACCAGAGUUCUGAUUUACUACUUUGGCGCCCCGACCCAGAAGCAUGCCCCAAUACACAUGCAGAAGCACAAAAAUAGGUUUCCAGCUGCGCAUACAAUCACACAUCUGCUCAAAAGGUAAUAGAGCAGGUCAUUAAAAACCCAGCAUUUUAACCCAGGGAUUAUUUUUAACCCAGGAAAAAAACAUAAAAAAUAUGUUAUACCAUAUUCAGUCUCUCCAAAAAAGAUGUUUCCAGCAGUAGCAAGGUCACUUGUGUCCUAAAAAUCAUCUUAAGGGAAUCUGGCUGACGGGCUGCUGUCUCAGUUCAUUUUCUUCACACUACAAGAGAGAUGACCAUUCUGGUUCCAAGAAACUUCACUUAGUGAGAUCUGUUUCAGGGAGGAAUGCUUCAUCUGCAUCUUGUGCACAAUUUCUGGAAUAUUUCAGCUGCAUCUCAGGGAAAGUCUGUCUCUCUGUAGGUGAUCCUGUUUAGUUUUGGGAAGUGUUGAGUUAUCAUAACUCUGAGGAGGAGAUAACCGGGUUUUUUCCACAUAAUUACCUGUAUUUGUUCAGAUAUGCAUUAUACCAUUGCUCAUGUCUCCGAGUGGCAGUCUCUCACCUCACACCUCUUCCGGCACCUCUUCUGGCUAAGGGGGCAGGAGUUUGUCUCAAGGGAGCCGGGGGGCUCAGACUGCCCCGGUCCCCCGAAGCCCUCGUCCGGGAUGCAUGCAGCAGGUGGGAAGGCCGAGGGGAAGGGGAGUAGCCGAGGAGACAGGAGUUUCCCCGAGCACUGACAGCGGGCGGAGGAGAGGGCGGGAGGUAGCGGGCCGGGCUCCCCGCUAUUAGUACCGGCCCUCAGCGGAGCCCGCCUCAGUGCGGAGCUGCCCCGGCCUCUCGCCGCCUCUCAGCACCAUGCAGGGGCUCAGCGCCGCGCCGCCCGCCGCUUUCCUCCUCCUCCUCCUCCGCCUCAGCGCGCUGCUGCUGCCGGCGGCCGCGGCUCCGGGCGCCGAGCGGGAGCUGAGCCCCAGCAGCCGGCUGGCCGCGGGAGCGGCGCGGGUGGCCCUGCACUACCUCAACUUCCAGACGGCGUCCCCCGGGACGCUGCAGGCGCUGGGGCAGGUCCGCAAGGCCACGGUGAAGAGCAUCCCAGACUCUGGUCACAAGUACUACCUGCAGUUCACUACCGAAGACUACAAAAGCGGGGAAAAUGCUAGGAGCUGCCUUGCUACAGUGUUGUAUCCGAAGACAAAGUCUCCACCUGUUGUCAAUAUCAAGUGCAUGCAGAGCAAAGACCAGAAGCAAAUCCAGGAAGAGGACAACAGGCUUUACCAAAAAAUCAGGCACCAAACAAAACCAAUAACUGGAAACAACAUUCCAGACAGCCAUGGCAAUAUUGAACCUGUCCUGGAGCCAGUGUGGGCUUUGGCUGUUGCUGGCAGCAGCUACAUAAUGUGGGAAAAGUCAACAGAAAACAUGGGCUACUUCAUGGCACAAGUGAAGUCUGUGAAGCAGUGGAUAAGGAAAGAUGAUUUUACUGAGUUUGACUACACCAUCCUGCUCCAUGAAAUUCCAACACAGGAAAUUAUCUCAUGUCACAUGCGCCUCACUUGGCUUCCUGGUCAUCCUCUGAAAGUAAAAUACUUCUGUGCUUCAGAAAACCAGGGGCUGGAAGAUGGAUCUGGAAUGGAAUCUGGAUCAGCUGCUGGGGUUCUACAUGAAAAGGGACCCAAUUUUUAAAAGCAAUUGUCAGUUUUACGUACCUGUAUUAAAUGAGAAAAUCCUUGUGUUAAUAGACCUGGAGCUGCAGUAAUUUUUCUAUACAAGUUGAACCGUGAAUUUGAGUGCUUUUGCUAGUCUGUCUUGUUCCAAAAUUAAUUCCCAUAGUUUCUUAAACUGCAACACUCGUAGAGUUCUACAUAAGAAACUUUGCUACUACCUAUAUAUAGAGAAACAUGCACAAGUUGAUUUUAUGUCACUGACUUACUGUAGCUUUGAGUAACAUAGCUUGUAAACAAAGUUAAUAUAUUGGGAUAAAAAACUUGAGAAGUGUAUUAAUCUGUUGCUAAAAAAUAUUUGUCUACUGAUUUUUUUUUUUUUUGGGGGGGGGGGGGAGGAGGUGCUAGGUCCAUGCUGAUUUUUAACUUACAUCUCCAAUAAACCCAAUACUGUUCCACAGGGUGGAGGUUGGGUUUCCUUUUGACACUGCUGUCUAACCCCAGCUGUCCAUCUCCUCCUGCUGUCCAGCCUCUAGAAGGACUUGGACGAGUGCAGCCAGCGACAUGUCUCCCCAUGCGGCCCUGGUAACCGCCGUCUGCACAGCCUAGUCCCUGCACAGCCCAGUCCCUAGGCACCACUGUGCCCUGCAGCGUCAGCUGACAGUGUUUUUUCUCUCUUACUUGUGAAGGAAACUCAGAAAAUACUGAUACAAGGAAAACACAUUUUGGGGUCUACCCAUGUCUGUCCCCAUCCCAGAGCCCUGCACGGCAGUGCUGCUCAGGCAGAAAUCGAGGGCACUGGCACUGUCUGUUUGCAGUUCUUUCUAUUGCCCUGAACAAAAAGAGAACCGCAAACAGGACAGCUCAGUAUGGAUGCAUUUCCACAUUGGGGUUUGGGGUGCAGAACACUCCAUCAAACAGCUUGUGGAUUAAUGCUGCCACAUCUUGUGCCUAUCCUAAAUACAGCAAAGCCCUCUGGCAAGGAUGUGGUUUUAUCUCAUCAUGCCCAAAUCUCCACUUGGCUUCCAGCGGAGGUGCCACUGCCUUGCCUCUGUUCGCUCAGAUAGUGCCAAACUGUCUCCAGUUUGCUUUUUCUUCACCCAUGAGCAAGGCUUCUCCCAGGUUAAAUUCACUCAUUAUCAAUAAGUACCCUUUCCUUCGGGAAACGUGGCCUCUGCUUCUGGGACGAUUUUGUUCUUUAUAAUUUGUGCUACGUUGUGGUAUUAUUGAUCUGUAAUUGGAAACCAUGAUUAAGAUAUUUAACAUGACAGCUUUAACUCUUUAGGCCAGGUGAUCUGCUACCCCCCUCAAAUUCAGGCUUUUUACACAAGUGUAUUACAGUCCAAUGUACUUUUACUGACUGAAGCUUUUUAUAUCAGCACAUAACAAUACAUUACAAUAACAAAGCAUUACAAUAAAUUCCAUGUAGCAGCA